AACUGCAGCAGAGGAGAGAGAGAGAGAGAGAGAGAGAGUCUGCCUACCUUCCAUACUCGCUUCUUUCCUUUUCCCGAGAUUCCCGUUGCCCCAUACAACACACAAACACACACACACGCUCUCUCUCUCUCUCUCAUUUUUUUUCCGCACAACAAAAAACACUAGUCGUUUUGUUCUCUCUCUCUCCGCCUGAUAGCUCCGUCGUUCGUUUUACGCAAUGGUGGCCGAUAGCAAGUCGAAAUCCGAUAUCUCCUUCGUCGGAACUUUCGCUAGCAGCGCUUUUGCCGCUUGUUUCGCCGAGAUUUGUACUAUUCCUUUGGACACUGCAAAAGUUAGGCUUCAGCUCCAGAAGAAACCCAUUGCAGGGGAUGGAUUGACCUUACCGAAAUACAAGGGUAUGCUGGGCACGGUUGCCACCAUUGGGAGGGAAGAAGGUUUGGCGGCACUAUGGAAAGGCAUUGUCCCAGGAUUACAUCGUCAGUGCCUGUUUGGUGGUUUGAGAAUUGGGUUGUAUGAACCAGUUAAAAACUUAUACGUGGGCAAGGACUUUGUUGGAGAUGCUCCUUUGUCCAAGAAAAUACUUGCCGGACUUACCACUGGUGCCCUGGCAAUUAUGGUAGCAAAUCCAACUGAUCUUGUGAAGGUUAGACUUCAAGCUGAAGGAAAAUUACCACCUGGUGUUCCAAGGCGUUAUAGUGGAGCUCUAAAUGCUUAUUCGACAAUUGUGAAACAGGAAGGAUUUGGGGCUCUUUGGACUGGUGUCGGGCCCAAUGUAGCACGAAAUGCUAUUAUAAAUGCUGCUGAACUAGCCAGCUAUGAUCAAGUGAAGCAGACAAUCUUGAAAAUUCCAGGGUUCACUGAUAAUGUCUUCACUCAUCUCCUUUCUGGUCUUGGGGCAGGGUUUUUUGCAGUCUGUAUUGGAUCCCCGGUUGAUGUGGUUAAGUCAAGAAUGAUGGGAGAUUCUGCAUACAAAAGCACAAUUGAUUGUUUCGUCAAAACUUUGAAGAAUGACGGACCAUUGGCUUUUUACAAGGGCUUUAUCCCAAAUUUUGGUCGGCUGGGAUCUUGGAAUGUGAUCAUGUUUCUAACAUUAGAGCAGGCUAAGAAGUUUGUCAGAAGUAUAGAAUCUUCUUGACCACAAAUGUAUACAAGCAUAGAGCUUAUGGAUUUUUCAAGUGCUUUGCGCCUGCAGCAAUGGAGGCUGUUUAGAAAAUAAUAAUAUUUUCAGUUCUCGCUGCCUCUUCAUUUUGCUAAUUCAGAUGAAGGGUCCUGCAAGAGAAACAUAGAGAAUAUUUUUUGCUGGAUAAUAAUGAUGAUCAUUGUUUUCUCGAUAACAUGUUGCUUCCCUGUCAUUUCUAGGGAUCAAUUUAAACUUAAAUCACUAAUGUAGCCUUGCUUUCUUUGCCU